UUCCUUCCUGAUUGGCGCAUUGUUUCUGGUACACUGUAAGUCGAUUGGUUAUACUUGCCGCUGUGGCAUACAGUAUGAACUCUUAUUGGUGAAUUACUUCGCCGCUUUGGGAGGUUUUGAGAGCUCCUGGAUCUGGUAUCUGAGGCCCGAGAAACCAUUCGGAUCCAGUCGCUGGGACCCAACCUGCAGCGGAGCGUAGAAGCGACAGCCAGUACAGACGGCAGGCACGACUAGAGAAAGUCAUUCUUGCUCUGCUUCUAUUCCAAAGCAUGUUCUGUCUGGAGUACGAGAUUGGAUCUCAGGGGAUAUCAAAAGGCCAGAUUUUGGCACAAGGUAUGGUCUGACCAUGCGUUGCUUGGCAGCUCGAGUCAACUAUAAGACUCUCAUCUUUAUUUGCUCUCUCUUUACUCUGGUGACUGUUCUCCUGUGGAAUAAAUGCUCCUCAAAUGACCACACUUCUACACUCCCCUGGGGACCCCAACCAGGCCUGAGAGCCGAAAGCUUAGAGAAGCGAGCGGCUGCUUCUGAGAGUAAUGGGGCAAAUGUGCAGCCACAAUCUGAAGAAUCUUCACCCCAAGAGCAGCAGAAAGCUCCACCAUUGGUAGAUAAUAAAAGUACAGGGCAGAAGUAUGAGGAGUUGGACUGCGUGAUUAAUGAAGAUCAGACUAUACGUUGCCGGAGGGAAGGGCCUGAAGUAUACGUGCCAUUCUCCUGGGUGGAAAAGUACUUUGAAGUAUAUGGAAAAAUUGCUCAAUAUGAUGGCUUUGAACGCUUUGAGUUUUCCCACAGCUAUUCCAAAGUGUAUGCACAGCGUGGACCAUACCACCCUGACGGAGUCUUCAUGUCCUUUGAGGGUUAUAAUGUGGAGGUCAGAGACCGAGUUAAGUGCAUCAGUGGUGUAGAAGGUGUUCCAUUAUCCACCCAGUGGGGACCACAAGGGUAUUUUUACCCCAUCCAGAUUGCCCAAUAUGGUUUGAGCCAUUACAGCAAGAAUCUUACAGAGAAGCCUCCCCAUGUGGAAGUAUAUGAAAGAGCAGAUGAGAAAAGCAGUGGGACAGCAAGUGCCUGGAGUGUUCCCAAGGGGGCCUCUGUGACUACAGUGUAUGACAAAACCAGAGCAAGCCAUGUGAAACAUUUUGUUGUUCCAGAUAACUCGGAUGGAGCUUCACUGAAUUUGGGAAACACAAGAGAUUUCAUCAUCUCUCUUGAUUUGAAAUUUGUGACCAAUGGCAGCAUUUCUGUAGUGUUGGAAACUACUGAAAAGAACCAGUUGUUUACAAUUCACUAUAUGACCAACCCACAACUCAUCGCGUUUCACGACCAUGAUGUUUUCUAUGGGAUAGGACCCCGAUUGUCUUGGAGUACACUUACUCGUGAUCUGGUGACUGAUCUGAAGAAGGGGGUGGGGUUAUCAAACACUAAGGCUGUAAGACAAACCAAGAUCAUGCCUAAGAAAGUAGUACGGAUCAUAGUGAAGGGUAGCGGUUUUCUGGACAAUGUUACUAUCUCAACCACUUCCCAUAUGGCUGCUUUCUUUGCUGCCGGUGACUGGCUUGUGAGAAAUCAGGAUGCAAAGGGUGGCUGGCCAAUCAUGGUAACCCGUAAGUUAGGGGAGGGGUUCAGAGCAUUGGAGCCAGGUUGGUACUCUGCCAUGGCACAAGGACAGGCCAUAUCCACACUGGUCCGUGCCUACCUGUUGACUAAGGAUCAGGUAUUCUUGGAUUCUGCUCUUAAAGCAACAGCUCCUUUCAAGCUUUCUUCAGAAAAGCAUGGGGUAAAAGCAGUGUUCAUGAACAAAUAUGACUGGUAUGAAGAGUACCCCACAACCCCAAGUUCUUUUGUGUUGAAUGGCUUCAUAUAUGCUCUGUUAGGCCUUUAUGACCUCAAGGAGACAGCGGGAGAGAAAAACGGAAAAGAGGCACGGCUGUUGUAUGAUCGAGGGAUAGACUCCCUCAAAGCCAUGUUACCUCUUUAUGACACAGGAUCUGGUACCAUCUAUGACUUAAGACACUUCAUGCUAGGCAUUGCUCCUAAUCUUGCCCGCUGGGACUACCACACAACACACAUAAACCAGCUGCAGCUCCUAGCCAGUGUAGACGGGUCCCCAAUUUUUAAAGACUUUGUUCGACGUUGGAAGACUUACCUAAAAGGGGGCAGAGCCAAGCACAACUGAAUUUUAAAACAGAGACUCAGCCAGAAACCAAAAACUGCCACUGGUACGACAGGUGCCAAGCUCCAACCCUUUAUCAAUCACACUUGAGAAUUGCUAACUUUUAGAUUAUGGUGUGUUAUACAUGCUGAUGUCUAUGAUUAGUAUUAGUUUGGCUCUGGAAUAAUGGGGAAAAAAGAUCUGAGACAUUAUAGAAAAAAAAAUUCUAAAGAUUUAGUUGUUUGUUUUAUUUUGUCCAUAAAUUUGUGAUAUCAUUGAAUAAAAAAGCAAAGUCGUGUGAAAAAUGAAAAUGAUAAAAAAAAAAAAGUGAGUUUAGAGAGGAUGUUCUGACUGACAUUUUAUUUAUAUAUCUAUUGUGUUGACAAUCAUUGGGAUAGUCUCAAUCUUUCAAUGAUAUCACAUGUUGAUAUGAUCUUACAUCUUCUCUUUGGAUUUUUUUUUUCACCAUAUUUUAAGAGCAGAAUACUAGGACUCCUAAUGCACUUUAACUGCUCACAUGUAAUUAUGCUAUGAUAAUUGUUUCUGUAGCCUCCUGGAUUCCAAAGAUCCUAAUCAAUGGGUAGCUUAUUUUCCAGUUGAAAAGCUUAUUGCAGAAUUAACUAUAACAAUGCAAAACAUGUUAAACUGACAUUAAACACUAAAUUUCAUAACCCUCACCAUAAUUUUGGGUGCAGCCAUUUUGGAACUUGGGUUUUACUGCAGGUGCCUGAAGAACAGUUGCUGUACAUAUACAAAACACAUGUCAGCAAUAUAAUGCAGUGAAAGCUAGAUUUCUACAUUGGGGCACUCAUGAGAAGAGAGAGGUGGGGAAUAACCUCAAUACUAAGUUUAAAAAAUGUAUUUAGUGUUUAAUGGAGAGAUUUGUUGAAAUAAAUGUUCAUAAUCUUUCCAAUUGCAACAGAAGCUACCCCUAAGUAUGUAAACUACUUUAAGUGGUGCUGUGUGUCUCUCCCUGCUCGGUCUUAUUUAAAAAAUAAUUUCUAUUUUACAUGCUAAAGGGGUGGGAGAAAAUAAAUAAAUUUUUAAAGAAAACAGAUUUUUAUUUGAAAGAAAAAGUGCAUUUGUAAAGUGAGAAUUGUUGGCUGUAUGUAGCCACAUAUUCUCUGACUUCUUAUUCUGAUAUCCCUUCUGAACACUGUGAGGGUUAAGUAAAUACACAGGUUUCAAUACAUUAAAUGUGUGUGGGGUGGGGUGGGGGGUUCCCUGAGACCCCACAAGAACAGAUUAACUAUUUGUCAUCUGUCUUAUGUUUAAACACUAAUGCUGGAAGCUUUUUCUGUAAGUUCAGCGCUACGAUUCAGGAUACAUCCUUUGUUCUUUAGCUAAAUAGGGAUAACUUGGAGUUCAUCAGCUUUUCGUUAUAUAAAGACAUAGAUUUAAACCUUUUUUUUGACAAUGUGCUCUAAUAAAGUGGUAUUGUAUAAAAUAAACAUACUUUUUAUACAAUUGUAAAAACAAAUGGCUUUAUAAACAUUGCAAGAUCAUAUUGUACCUGCCACUUCCUAUUUGUCAGCCAACAAUAUAUACAUCAUCAUACUUCAUUUAUUAAAGAGUUUUUGGUUGGAGAACACACCAGAGAUGGAAGGACAACAGGUACAAAUUAAAUGGACAGUGUAAUGCAAAAAUUAGUUAGAGACUUUCAUUUUUGCAUUACUAACCCAAGCUUACUAUGUGUUUAACAUCCACACAGGCAUAAAGCACAUAGGUAAAGUCCCACUUGGGAACUGCAAGCGUUGUUACUCCCCAGUUACUGUGAGCCAAUCAGGAGCAACAGUUACAUGUAGCAGCCAAUCCCCAGAGAGUUCCUGUUUGUUCGCUGUAGUACUUGUGACUCCCAAGCCUGGCUUUAUCUAUGUAGUUAACCUCUUUACUGGAGUUAAACCCAUUACAAGCAGGGGUCAGUAGUGCAAUAAUCAUAUGCACUUGAUGCUUUUUUUGCAUUACAAUAUCCCUUAAAGAUACUUUUUCUUUUUUUUUAAGUUUUAGAUGAAAGUUAAUUUAUCUUAUACAAUACUCCUUCCUGAAAUGUUCUGUUUUUUAAAUACUUAAAAGUGCAAUAAAUUCAACCUGGCUGCAUUUCUUUGUCCUGUAAUUAAGGCUGGGAGUGUUCAGACCAUGCUGAUAUAAUUUUUGUUUACAAAAAGCUUCAUGUGAGGUGUCUAUCACAAACCAGCCAGGGACAAAAUAAUUACUACACCGAGGCUAAAUAUAGUUUAGGGGCCAGAAAAAGCAGGUAUUGUCUGAAUAGAUUUUCUGGUGUAUCGUUCUUGCACAUCUUUUGCCCUAAAAUAGCUUCACUGAAAUGUCUCCAUGUUCACCAGCUCUUCCUAUAAUUCUCUUUGUAGCAAUUUCACUAAAGCUAACUCUGUAAAACAGCUCUAUAGAACAAUAUAGGACAUAGUAAAGCUGGCAAGAGAUUGCCCACUUGUUCUUUGUAUUGGCAUCUGGCUAUUCCUAUCAACUCUUCCCUAAUUGAUGACACUUCAGUUUAGCUACAUAUACAAAUGGUGUGUAAGAUGAAUCUCCUCCUAUAUUUUACAGGGUAUUUAAGAAGGCCCAGACAUCCAUACACGCGCAGUAAAAGGACAUUAAAUACUUUAAAUAUUUUAUUUUUCCCACGCUGCCUAGAGAAACCCAAAAGCAAAAUUCUGUAACCUUCAAAUGCUGCAAAUUAAACAGCUGCUUUAGGCAAUUUUGCAUCAUUUUGAAAAGCUAUUUUUAUAGAUUUUGUUUUUUUGGCCUCUCAAUAGGGAGUGUGAGACUCUACACAAAAUCAAGAGGUAUUUAAUGCCCCUUUAACGUCCAAGCAAGAUGGACUGUCGAACAUUUUUUUUUUUGUUAUCCAUAAUUGCUGCCACAACCCCAACUUGCUUUGUAUUCAUAAAAAAAGGCCUUUGGCAAUUUGUAGGACAGAAGCUGCUUCCCUCCCCGUGCUAGAAAUUGGGGAUAUCAUUUGUGUUGUGUUUUGAUUUUCUCACCUUUAACAUGUGGGGUAUACACCAUGUGUUCCUACGUGUAUGUGUGUAAACCUAAAGCGCAAUCUACACACAUAUAUAUGCAAUACUUUGUUUACUGGAUCCCUUGUGGUGAGGCGGUCCAUCUGUAAGCUGUAUAGACUUUGCAUUUUAAGCACAAUGUGCCCAUAAUAAUUUUAUACACAGUGAGAUUUUUUGCAGAGAAUAAGAAUUACCUGUUACUAUGUUUAUAUAAAGGGGACGGAUUGGUGUGAUGCUUGAUGUACAGCUGCUUUAUAAUAUUGUAAAAUAAAAUUUUUAUCUUCUAAAAUAAA